AUGGUGAUUGGCGAUCGUGUCAGUAUUCUGAAAGAUGAAACGAAAUCAACGAUGCAGCUACAAGCACAAGCACCCACGGGUAUGACUAUUCAUCCAGCAGGUACAACUUUUUUCCAAACGACAUCCAAUAGUCCAUUUACGACAACAAAUAGUGGUCCUGUUUUUCAUAGUUCUACAACAGCAACAACAUUUCUUCCCAAUUCAGUUCAAAACGUCCAGAUUCAACCAAACACUACAGCUACGCUUAAUGGACAACAGCAGGUGCGCCUUGUUCAAGCAGUCAAUCCUACACAGACCGUUAAUGUCACAUCUCCUCAACAGCAAGGCGCUACAGUUCUGACUGUUGUAACGGCACAGAAUCCAAAUGGCACAACUAUGCAAAUUCUCCAGCCACAAGGUGCUGAAACAGAUGAACGACGUAUUGCUGCCAUAUUGGAUUCAUACUUCAUUGAACAACAGGCUCCAACAACAUCGGUAGUUGCACCUAUCACAUCAGCUGCUGUAGCUGUUGCAGCUCCAGCUGCGUAUCCAUCACCUGCCAGUAUUGUCGCAAAGUAUACACGUGGGAAAGGUACAACACAAGAAAAGAAAGAAAAGGACGAAGCAAAGCGAGCUAAACAAGCGGAGGCAGCACGAUUGCGAUAUCACCGGUUAAGCGCUGAGGAAAAAAGAGCUUUGAAUAUCAAGCGAACUAUGGCACAGAAACGCAAAAGGCAGCGUGAAAAGGAACUUGAAGAACUUGAAAAUCUGUUGCGGCAAACAAAUGAUAUACAAGAGGAUCCUGAUAUUAAUGAGCAGUUACGUGAGAAACGAAUGCGAGCACGUUGGGCUGAAGCAGCGCGCUCGCGUUAUCAGCGUAUGUCAUCAGAAGAACGCCGCGCCCAUAAUAAUCGUAGACGAAUGAGACAAAUUGCUGCAACGGAAGGAUUAAAGGGGCCUGACGGACAGCCCGUAAUUUUCCAAUUGAGUUUACUUAGAUUUGGCUAA